GUGGACAGUAGCAGACCACUAUCGGGCUAGAUAGGUUUUGGCGGUCAUCCGAUAUGGCGUCUCGUAUGAUGGCAGCGUUCAAACUUUUAACGGUGGGCGUGGUCAUAGGGAUGGCACUCGCCGACCAAUCGAGUCGGAGCCUCGAGCAAAUCGAGGACGGGGAUGGAAAGAGAGAGAUAGCUACCCCCGAGGUGGUGUUACAACUGAAGUAUGAUAGAGGGGAACUGAAUAGGAUAUAUCUGGCUCAGUUCCGAAAAGGGAACGGGGUCUGGACGCCGUCAGUGAGCGCCCGGAACAACCUUUGUGCGGACCUGUGUCACGCAGGGCUAGGAGGCUCCGCCUGCGGCCCGACCUGCCAAGACCUGAUGCCGGUAGGCCUGCAGUCGGCCCUGAGCGGCGCCAACGAGACGGAGGCCACGUACGGGGAGCCCCGGGUCGAGGUGUGCCCUGCCCUGUGCGACAACAUGCUAGGCUACCCACUGUGCAGCUGCCAGGCGAAGGCCCAGGAACAGGACGUGGACUGGGGCGCCAUCUGCCACUCCUUCUGCGUUUCCGACAACUACGUGCUUAGUGGCUGCCCCCCCUGCGAGAAGAACACAGCACUACCCCACCUGAUGUCAGCUCGAGUCCUGAACACGGCUGAAGGAUGGUCAGCUUGGUGCAACGCUCAGUGCAGGCAGGGCCACGGAGGCGCCGCCUGCAAUUGCGACCGUGCUCCUAUAUAAUAGGGUUUUGAUUUGCUUGUCGACGAUGAACGUAUUUAAUUUUUUAAAUGCAUUUUGAUUUUUUUACUGUAGUUUAAGCUGCCUGCCUUAUAAAGCCCCGAUGUUUUGGGUGAAGGUUAAGGUACUAUUGAUUUUUAGAUCUUAAGAAGUAAUAUUUAUUGCUUCCUCAAAAUUUUAACUAAUAAUCAAAUUGAAAAAAUUAAUACACUUCCUGAAUAAUUAAAUAAUCUCUGACUUCAAUUUUAUUCAACUGAAAAGCUUUUUUUAACUAAAUAACUUGUACUUUUCAAUCGCUCUGGAAGUAUUUAGUAUUUUGGUUUUAAUAUAAUAUUUAUUCAUAAUUUAAUCAAGUGUAUCUACCUAUGCAUAGAUGAGUGUGAACUAAUAAUAAAAGUAUACCACUAAUAUUAAUAUUAUUUUAUAAGUUAUUAUGUAAUAAUCAAACAUUAUAGACGUAAGAAAUGUACAUGGCUUGCAUGUAGAUAAUCUUCAGUACAUUUUAAUGUUGUACUUAUUUAGCAAUUAAAUAUAAUAAAUAUAAGGUAAUGUAUAAGAAAAAUAAAAGCUCUGUGCGAACGACAAUAUAUAAACAUGUAAUUGUAAAAUAUCUAAAUUAUAACCAUCGGUAUAAGUAAAUGUAAACGUAUAUUAUGUUUCACAAAUGUAUCUUAGAUGUUAUUCAUUUAUAGUUUAGUUAUAUUUCAUUUAUUAAACUUAUACUUUCAUUUA